GGGGACAGCAGUGUCUGGUCAGCAGGAGAAAGACCGGGCCUGGCGGAGAGGAACAAGAAGCCAGCCGGUUGGGAGGGGCUCCGAUAGAUAAGCCAACCUGGCUGACGGGUUCCCCGCACGCUGUUGCCGCCUUUUACUCCGGCCGUCCCACGGCACCGGUCCAUUGUUGCUUGGAUUGUCGAUGACAAGUGGUUCUAGAUGAUUGUUUUUGCUCCGGUGAAUUGCAGUCACGACCCAGAGCCAACCAAAGCGCUUAUAUAGCCGGGGUGUCACGGUGGUGUGUGCUGGGCGCUGGAGGGGAAGCUCCGACUAGCUCCCACUAACUCCCCCGCUAUCGGCGUCUUUUCUGGAAACGGUGACAGUGACAGUGACAGUGACAGUAACUCGUCGUUUCUCUCCCAUCCAAGGUCAUUCCCUGUCUUCGGUCUAAAAACAUCCUUACCAACAUGGACGUGCCAACCAAACCCGAUUAUACCAUUCUGGUCAUCAAUCCGAACACCUCCACGCACAUGACUAAUGCCCUGAUACCCAUUCUGGACAACCUCGGACAUGGACGCAUUACAUUCGACUACUUCACAGCUCCAGCGGCCGAGUCUGUCAAGGUUCACGAUGGGAGCUAUGUUAAAGGAAUGCCUAGUAUAGACUCCGGCGAAGAUUCAGUCAAGUCGGCUCUCUACAGCAUGCACUUCUUAGAUCCUCUGGUGACCGUAUAUGACGGCUUCAUCGUGGCCUGCUUCUCAGCCCAUCCCCUCGUCGGCAUGCUGAAAGAGAAAGUCAGGUCCCUUGAGGAUGCAGAGUCAUCGACCGUCCCGUCGGAACUGAAAGUCAAGAAAAAGUACGUGACCGGCAUUUUCGAAGCGGCGGUCCUCGCGGCACUGGGUGUUAUCAGUUCCUUCCAAACCUCGAGCAGCCUGGGCUUUGGAAAGGUCCAGUCCCGAGAUACAUUUGGCAUUAUCACGACCGGGAAAGUCUGGGAGGCCGAACUCACCACUGCCGUCGCUGAUAUGCUCGGUAACUCGGGAGAUUCUACGUCCACGGGUCGGUUCGCUGGCGUGGAAACCACUGGACUGACGGCUGCGGAAUUACACACCACCCCUCCGGCAGAGGUCAGAAAAAGACUGGUCGAGGCGACAGAACGGCUGCUAAAGAAAUCAUCCCGCCCUGUUGGUGCGAUAUGCAUGGGUUGUGCCGGCAUGGUGGGCAUGGAGGAUGCAAUGAGAGAGGGCUGUGUCAGAGCCUACGGCCGGGAGCAAGGCAAUCAAGUCAGGAUUAUCGACGGCGUUAUUGCUGCAGCUGGCAUGCUUGCUACGGCUUGCAAAGCUGGAUUCUAGAGCAUUGCUUGCAGGUAGCAUUCGAGGGAGGGUUUCGCGGUCUUAUCCUGGUUGAUACCGGAAAGUAUCAUGACGGAAAGGCUAUCAAACUACGAAAAACGAGUCACAAGCUAUCUUCAACUCCAAAAGAGUGUGUAUUAUGUAGUUAAUUUUGACCUCACCUGUUGUUAUUCGCAGAAUGCACAUUGUACGAGGCUUUCAACCAUCUGCCCGGGUAUUGACA